UGUCUGCUGGCGACGGAGAAGAAAGGAAGGAACAGGCGGUGGCUAUCCGAGUGUUUUGUUUACACGAGCAAGUGGCCUGUGGCCUGUGUCGCCAAUUUAUGGCGUUUGAUUUAACAGAGAUAAGCCUUAGACUGUUGUGAAAAGGCAAUUUCUACAGAGUUUGGCUGCAAAAUAUCUUUUUGGAAACAUGGCUAAAGAGACUUUUUCAUCUCUUAUUGAUCUCUUUAAAACCUCGUCAUCUUCUACUGUUUCAACUUUAGUUUGCGAAAUUUGUGGCACUAAACUAAGUGUGUUCAGAAAGAAAAAACCAUGUCUUGAAUGCAAGAAGCAGUUCUGCUCCCAGUGCCUGCUCCGUGGUAGAGAUCGUACCCUGCACUGUAAAAAUUGUUACAUCCUCUGCAUGAGACCACCCCUUCGUUCAGCUCUUCUGAACUUGCGGAUAAAAGAUCUGCAGCAUUACUUGAAUCAGCAUAAUGUUUCAACCAGAGGCUGCUUGGAAAAGGAAGAUUUGGUAAAUGUAGUACUUCGAUAUGCUAGUAAUCCUGGAAAUCCAAACUCGGGGAACCCUGGAUUUCCCUCAGGAAGCUCAAGUUAUGCUCCAGCUGGGAAUUCAAGAAAUAUUCAGCAUGAGAAUGCCACAAGCCCUCCUGCUAGUUAUCCUGCUAGUAGUUCUGGGCCAUCCAACACUACUCCACUCUCAUCAGCACCUGGAGAAGAACAUUCAAGACCUCAACCAGCAGAUUCUGACUCCAGUAGUAGUGAUACUAGCUUUGAGAUGGUUCCAAGACCCAGUUCUAAUGAGAACAUCGCUGGGGCCCAUUCGUCAUCUACAUCCACAUCCUCUUCUUCACCUUCACCAGUUUCAGACACUGAACCAGGAAUAACUGUGGAUGUACCAGCACAACCUCAAGAAGAAAAUCCAAAUGCUGCCUUAAAUUUGGCGUCCUUGUCUGCUGAGUCUCCUUUGAAUAGUGCUGCGGGAGCCUCUGAGGCUGCACAGGGAUCUGAAAGACACAAUGAAACACAUCUUGAGACUCUAGAAGUAAAUCCACAGCAGUCCAUUUCACAGUCCAGUUCGUCCAAUAAUUCUCCGAAUUUAAUUCGGGGUACCAUGUCAUCUAUUACAUCUGAGACUGACUUUGAAGCGCUUUCUGUCAAACAAUUAAAAGAUAUUCUUCAUCGUCAUCGUGUCAAUUACCAUGGAUGCUGUGAAAAGGCAGAAUUGGUAGAAAGGGCUAAAAGGCUUUAUCGAGACUACUUGGCAUCAAGAGCAGAACUAGAAAAGCUUGAUUUAGAUGCUCUCUGCAAAAUCUGCAUGGACGCUCCUGUGGAAUGCGUCAUGUUAGAAUGUGGCCAUAUGGCUACAUGCACCGAUUGCGGGCGACAACUAAGUGAAUGCCCAAUUUGCCGUCAGUUUGUUGUUCGAAUUGUGCGUACUUUCAAAGCAUAGUUAAGUAUAUGAGUGAGACCAGUGUCGACACUGGUGUCGCGCGUGAAUGGUGUGUGAUGAUCCUAAGCAAGCUGUUUUCAUUAGGUAUGGCUCCUAUUUCAUUUGUGCCAUAUGUGUUGCCAUUAAUCUUAAAAUUUGUGAUAAUAUUAAUAAUAACACACAACUCUUGAUAAAGAUUUUUUUCUUUUUUUGAAUGUAAAAUCAGAAGCAAAUCUUGUGAUCUCACAUCUUGUGAUUGAACAAGUGUUAGCUUAAUUCCUACCGUACUCUGCUGCUCUUGAUUGGUGUGUUGAAAAAGAGGGAUGCAAAAGAGAUUGAGCAAAUUAGAAAGUAUAGCUCAAGCACAACUGUGCUGUCUAAAGAGUUAAAGCAAGUAUGUUUUUGUUUGAGCUCAAAUAUUUGAGAUUACGGUCUGUUAGGUACAAUGAUAGGAUGGCCUCUGGGCAUUAAUAUAAUUAUUUCUUGGAAUGAAUGUUCCAUUUUAUGUAGGAUACCAGGAAGCUGGUUCUUCUUUAUGGUUGCUUCAGUGUGUGUUAUGCUGAAUGUGGGCAGAUAUGAAAAAAUAUUUAUCAAUCCUCUCCUUAGUAUAUCAAUGGUUCGUGCAGCUAUUUUUAUCCUUCAUGUCAAAGAAGAAAGGUGUGUGGUUGUGCUAGGUGUUCCAAUGGAAAGUUAGUUCUAUUGACAUUGUUAGAAACAAACAACUAUAUUGAAUACCUCUUCUACUGUUUUUUCCCCCUUUUUUCCAUUUGUUUGAAAUUUACUUUAGCAUUGAGUGAUAAACAUAAACCUGACUUACUUAUUGCUGGUCCUUAGCAGGUUUCUUGUAAAUCCUAUGUAGGUUUUAGAACCCUCAUUCUUUCAUGAGUGAUUUUGAAAAUAAGAAGUCCUUGUUGGGUCAAAGAUGUGUAUCUAAUGGGGGAGGUUAUCACCAAAAAUUGAAAAAAAAAAAUAGGUAUGAUUUUCCCGCAGAAAACUAGCUUUUAGUCAGAACCUUGUUCCUUUCCAUUUCAAAAAGUAUCAGAGCACUGAACUUAUUGAAAGGGAAAUUAUGAAUUGGGAGCACGACUAUGUUGGGUUUGUAAUUUUCAAGUUUGUGCGCAAGAUCUUAGCGCACCAGUAGUUUUAAACAAUGGUGUCUGAUUUUGUUCCAGACUGCUUUGCUCCCAAGUUUUUUGCAUUUUAGAAAAUGUACUUAGCACUUGUGUCAUUCUUAGACACAUACUAAAUGUUCAUAUCGCCCCGCAAAAGCUCUCAAGGAAUAGAUACAAAGGACCUUAACUUCAUGUAAGAGGAAUGAGAAAUCCACUUGAGACCAGCAUCUGAGAGUUCAUAAUUAGCUAGUUGUCCAUCAAAUAUGGAUUAGUUCUAGUUCAGUCAUUUAUUAUUCCUUGUCAACGUGUUUGACUGUGAUAAAGUACUUUGUACAACCUGACCUGGUAUUUUAAAUGUUGCGUCCUUUAAAAAUGAUUUGUAGGAGCAAUCCUUUGUAACUUUUUAAAUUUAUUUUUUUUUUACAUUAACUGCAAUAGUUUUUGUUUUAUUCCUAAUCAUCUCCUCUCCCCUCUCAACCUAAUUGCCAGCAGUAUUUUAAAUGACGAGGUUGAUUUUUUUUUCCAAUUGAAAGAUUGAGGUUCCUUUAUUGCUUCAUACAGGUAAGCUCAACAUCUGGAAGACUGAGUUAGUUUAAGAAAGGUUAAGCAGUCAUAACAUUGGAAAUGGUGAACAAGUGUAGUAUAUUAACUAGUGUGAUUGGCUGCAGCAGUAUGUUCCAGGUAGAUUGAGUAGUGAAAAGAAUACCUUAUUGUUAUUGUUAAGUUGCUUUGUUUGUGCCUUGUUUUGGGGAUUUCAUGUUUUUAUAUAAGUUGGACUGUUGUUUAUUGACUCUCUUUGUGCUGUAUGUGCUGAGUUUGUUUUUAAAUGUUUUUUCUCUCUUAUUCUUCGGGUGCUACCAUUUAGACCAUUCAUGAAAUAAGGAAAAACUGAGGCUGGAUUAUUGUGAUUCCAGUGAAAUUAAUAUUUCUAAGUGAGAGAGCCACAAUGAACUGUCAAGAAGGGUGUUCAUUUACAACUCACAUUUACACAUUGACCAACGUCAAAUGAGUUGUAGUUUAAAGCCAAAUACAAAACUUAUUUUGAGUGAUGUGCGGUGUUUCUUUUAGUAGGUAGUUAUGUUCUAGGUGACAUAUCACAUAUUGAAUUUUUAACUUCUAUGAUAUAUGUGUGACUGUUAAGGUUUUUGUCGUGUUCAAAAAAUAAAGGGGACACAUAUAAGCCCUUUAAAGUUGAGAAAUAAAAAGUGUGUGCAUGCUAGGUGUCAAAUUACCUUUGUUAUGGUUGAAUUGGCAUCUUUGUGGAGUUCUGUGUAAAACUCACACACCAAUUUUUUUCUUCUUACUUUAUAAUUACGGAAAGAGUCUUGUUAUCUUUUUGUUUGAAAAUCUGAUUCACACCUAUAGCCAAUAUGCAAUGCAGUUUUCAAUCAUCAUUCCAUUGUUCUCAGGGACUUCUUUCAAAGUGAAAGCUACUUCUGAACAGCAGCUUGAAUCUCAAAGAAAUUUUUUAUUAAAAAUGGAAAUAGGUUUUAAAAAUCCUUGUUCUGUGUUUGGCCCUUGUCAAACGGCCCCUUCUUUUACAAGAGCCAACAUUUACUUUUUAGCUUCAAGCCUUAAUAGACAUCAUGGCAUUUACAUUACUUUUUGUGAAAGUGUACACUAAUAUGAGAUGAGCUCCUAUUGAUGGAACAUUAAUGUUAAGGAUAAGAAAUAUUCUACAUUCUGCUUUAAUAAAUGUGUUGCAUUGCA